CCGGCGUAGCGUACCGACAACCGCAUGUCUGUAUUCUGUAUGCCGCAUAGGUAGGACCUAACCCGUCAGGCGUCAACGGUGUGCACCACGUUCUUAUAGCUAUUGCGGUACUCGCUACUGCAUUCAUUUCAUCUUCGUGCUGCUGUUCGUCGGCAUCGUGUGUGACUCGUGAUCGUCUUUUGAGUUUUGGCUUUGCAGGCUUUCAUUAUAAUACUAUUUAAGUAUUUAAUAUAAUAUUAUUUUUCCAUAUCGAGCGCGCCCCGGCAAACGCUUAGUUAUUAAUUAUAAUUAGCAAUAUUGUUAUUAGUUUUAUAAAUCGUCAAUAAAUUGAAUUUCGAGAAUCGCAAACGACCACCCUGCUGCAAAUUAUCGUUUGACUGUUUGUUUUAUUUAAUUUACUUUCUGUUUACACUUAAUAAUUCCUAACCGCUAACGAUAAUCAUGGUGCGACUGCUGCGAUACCCCGAGCCGUCCAACUAUUCGUACGUGUUCGACUUCGAAGAGAAUUUCCACUACGAAUGGACACGGCAAUGGAUGACAGAUAAUUGGACAAACGGAUUUUACUACUGCACUAUUUAUGCAGCGCUGGUGUUCGGUUUGCGCCGAAUGAUGAGGGACCGUGCCGGAUUUCGGCUCAAGGGCCUACUUGUUCUGUGGAAUACAAUGUUGGCCACUUUCAGUCUGGUGGGUUUCGCUAGAACAGCUCCGGAACUGUUCAGGGUUCUUAACAAAUAUGGACUGCACCAUUCGGUGUGUGUGACUAGCUACGUGGAAGACGACCCCGUGUCCGGCUUCUGGUCGUGGCUGUUCGUGUUGUCCAAGUUGCCCGAGUUGGGCGACACCAUCUUCAUCGUGCUCCGGAAACAGCCGCUGAUCUUCUUGCAUUGGUACCAUCACAUCACCGUUCUGAUGUACACGUGGUUCUCGUACAUGGAGUUCACGUCGUCCGCCCGCUGGUUCAUCGUCAUGAACUACUCCGUCCACUCGAUGAUGUACACGUAUUAUGCGGCCAGAGCGAUGGGCUACCGGCCGCCAACUUGGAUAUCCAUGACCAUCACUGGCAGCCAGCUGUUGCAGAUGUUCGUCGGCUGCUUCAUCAACUACACCACGUACGGGUACCUGAAGACCGGCGGCCCGCAGUCUUGCAGGGUGUCCAAACUCAACAUCACGCUGUCCUCCGCCAUGUACUUCAGCUAUCUAGUCUUGUUCGCUAGGUUCUUUUACAAUGCGUACAUCAAUAAGAGCAGCGCGAAAAAAUCAAAGAAACAUUGACCGCCUGUAUUCAACUGUCGACCGACCACCGCCGCCGCCGCCGCCAACACCAUUGAUGCGAUUUUCAAAAAUAAAAAAACAAAAUCAAUGUAAUAACAACAAUAAUAAAGCGUACUGAUGAUAGUAGAAUAUCAUAAAAAAAAUAAAUGUAUCUUAUUCUUUUGAAGGAUAAAACUCGCGCAGGUAUUGCAAAAAGUCACAAUACGUUUUUUUUUAUUAUAUAUAUAUUUUGCGUGUUACUUAGGAAAACCCGUUAGGCUGUAUUUUUUUUUUAUAUAUACUUUGUAUAUUGCUUCUACAUUAAAGUCUAAAAAGUCGAUAUUUGUAUUUCAUUUUAUUAUAAUUAUAAUUUAUUUAAUGCGCAGAGAUCAGAGAGAGUUGGUGUAUCUCUUAGGAAAAGAACCUCAUUUUAAGUCUUACACGAUUUACAUAUAUAUUUUUUUUUUUGGUUUGUUACAAUUUUAAUUUUGUACAAUAAAAUUGACUGUGCUUUUUACCGUUUAUUACGGCAACACCCUAAAUUACAUUAUUAUUAUCAAUAUUGUUGUUAAUAAUAGUUAUUUGGGAUUGUAAAAAUUCGAUUAUUCCACUAAUAAUUCUGUUGUAAAAUUUCAUAAAUAAACGCUACGCCACCGACACGUUAA